CAACCACAGCCAUGACGUGCCGACAUCCCGCACCGCACCCUCUUAUACGGGCUUACUAUGCCAGGUCCCGUCCUGUCCCGUCCUUUCUGCCUCCUUAAAUCGAUCCAAUUCAGAGUCUCCAUUGCGAGACGUCCUCAUUUCUCGACCGCGUCCAGCCGAACCCAAGCUUCCCGCAAACAGCUUCACACACGCACGAUUGGGAAGCGAUUCGAAAGAGAGACCGCUGUGGACAGGACACAAAGAAGGAGCAUGAGUUCGCCCGCAGACCACCAGCCGCUCAAAAAGCCGCCAAAGACGCCAGCAAUCCCGCGCCCUUCCUCAAGCGUCCUCCUCAUAUCGCCCCAAAACCAAAUCCUCCUCCUCCACCGCGUCCGCACAAGCUCCUCCUUCGCCUCCGCGCACGUCUUCCCCGGCGGCGCCCUCUCCUCCACACACGAUGGCGAGAUCCCGCCUCCCGACCACCCGGGCAGACACUCCGACGGCCCCGCCUACCGCAUGGCCGCAAUCCGCGAGACCUUCGAAGAAAGCGGGAUCCUGCUGGCGAAGAGCAAAAAAACCGGCUCCUUCUUCACCGAGAUAAGCGACUCGGAGCGCGAAGAAGGCAGAAAAGCCGUGCACGCGGGGACAACGAAGUUCGCCGAGCUCCUCGCCAAAUGGGGCGCGGAGCCCGACACCGCGAGCCUGCUGCCCUUCACGCGCUGGAUCACGCCGCCCAACGUGGCCAAGCGCUUCAGCACGCAGAUGUACCUGUACUUCCUGCCGCUGGGGUCCGUGUCGCCGACGAAACACGCGGCUCCCGCUUCUACGCCGCCCGGCUCCGGCCUCGCAGAGGAGGAUGAGAUUGUAAUCCCGAACCCCACGCCUGACGGCGGCAUCGAGCACACGGCCGCGCGCUUCCUGCCGCCGAAUAAGUGGAUCGACCUCGCGCGGUCGAACCGCAUCAUCCUGUUCCCGCCGCAGUUCUUCCUCACGUUGCUGCUCGCGCCGUAUCUCUCGCCGACGGUGACAUCGCCCAGCUCGCCCAUCCCUUCCACCGCAGAACUAGCGCAGGAGAGGGAGCGGCUGAUGGAUUUCCUGCGGAAGCCGAGGAUGUAUGACGGCAAGCCGGAGGUGUCGUUCGCAGAGGCGUGUAUCAGCCCCGUGGUGCUGGGGAAGGGGCAGUAUGGCGAGCGGGAGCAGGACGGGGUAGGACAGGGUGUGGAUCGGUAUACGGCGGUGUUGCGGCUGGAUUACCCCGGGAAGGAGGUCGAGGAGCUGGGGUAUGGGCGGAGGAGCGGGAUUAGAGAGUGGGUUGUUACGACGCGGUUUAAGGGCGAGGGGCCGCGGGAUGUGGAUGUCAGGAGGAGGGAGGAUGUGCUGGGGAAGGGGGCGGGGAAGCUGUAGAUAGACAUGUGUUUAGUUAGACUCACGGGCGAUAGAAGGUGGGGAUUUGGA